AGUGGAGCCUCAAGCAUUUCGUUCUCGUUACCGCAGGUCUGGUUCCAGAACCGGCGGGCCAAGUGGCGCAAGCAAGAGAAGGCUGCGGGCAACGCCCUCCAGUCCCAGGGCUACAACCCGUACUCCACGGCCCAGUCCCUUAGCUCGUCCACCCCAACCAUGGCCGGCGCCCACCCGCCACCCUCGGUGGCGGCAGCAGCCGCAGCGGCCGCCUUCGGCUCCCUGUACGGCCGAAAGCCUCCGUCGGCUGAGGCAUCCCUGCUCAACCAUGCCCGCCUCUCGCCGUACCUCGGCGCCACUGGCAUGCCAUUGCUGACGCCCGGCCACGCCUUCUUCCCCAUGAGCCCGUUCGGGCCCUUUCUGCCGCCGUCGCUGCCACUCUACCAGACGCCUGCGCCUUUCCAGAACUGGCUGGCCACCCUGUCGGCCCACAACCGACAAAGGACGGACGUCGUGCCGCCGUCCGAGGUUCCGGUGCCACCAACGCCGGUGCUGCCACCCUCUCCACCGUCCCUGGUGCAUCACCAGAGAGUGCCUCCUCCUCCACCGAUAGUGCCGCCGCCACCCGCGCCAGCCAUGGUGUCCGUCCCCCCGCCGCUACCGGCCACGGCCGCCCAGAGACCGGUCUUGAGCAGCAGUCCGGCGAGGUCGUCGUCAAGUGUGUCGCCCGGCAUGAACACGACGGGAAGCUUGUCGCCGUCGGCGUCGCCUCCCAGCGGAGAUCGGAGGAGCUCGAGCAUCGCUGCGCUUCGACUGAAGGCGAGGGAACAUGAGAUUCAGUUGGAGAUCAUGCGCAAGGCCAAUGGCGAGAUUGCCAGCUAGCCCCUGCAGGAAGAGAAU